AUGUUGAGUUUGUUGAUGGUCUUUGCAAUUUUCUCUUCUCCUGUAUUUGGUCAACCCGGAUUCAUCAGCCUCGACUGCGGAGGUACCGAGAACUACAUAGAUGAUGCUGGAAUACAAUGGAUGCCAGAUGAUGCUUACAUCAAUUCUGGACAAAAGCUGAAUAUUUCAAAUAACAAUCCUGGAGGAAAACAAUCAAGGCAAUGGAACACCCUUCGGAGAUUUCCUGAGAGACGGAAAAGUUGUUACCUGUUAACACCUGUGGAGAUUGGAAGAAAAUAUCUACUCCGCGGAACAUUUGUUUAUGGGAACUAUGACAAUCUCAACUCUCCUCCCCAGUUUGAUCUCCUUUUGGACGCCGACAUUUGGGACGGCUUCUCAUUUAGUGAUUCAAGUACAUAUGCUGUUCAGAAGGAAAUCAUUUUCAUGGCCAAUUUCGAUCCUACCCAGGUUUGCCUUGCCCGAGUCAAUGAAAGUAAUGGCUUACCCAUUAUUUCUUCUUUGGAACUGCGACCUCUUAAUCAAAGCAUGUAUUGGCCUGUCAACCAAGCUAGCUCACUUUUAAGGCUGGAGUACUCCGAUUUUGGAGCGCAAGACCUUGACAAGAACAUCAGAUAUCCAGACGAUCCUUUCGAUAGACUUUGGUCUCCUAGUGUAGUAGACUUCCCAAGUAUUACAAGUGAAAAUAAAGUAUCUAUGGGAGUGGCUUAUGAACAACCUCCAUCUCUUGUCAUGCAAACAGCGGAAACAAGUUACCCUAGCUCCCCAACAACAAUGGAUCUGCCCUAUCGAAGGAGUUCUCGAUCUGGGAACCUUUACAUAUCAAUGUAUUUUGCAGAAUUGCAGGCUGAUUUGAAUGCAACGGACAUUCGAGAAUUUGACUUUUUUCUGGAUAACAAGAAGCUGAAUGAUGCUCCUAUACAACCUAUAUAUCUCCAGUCAUCAAACAUAUCUGUCCUCGUCCCUUACGGUAAAACUGAUACUGAGGCAUUUCGCCUGCAAGCAACAAACCGUUCCACUUUAUCUCCAAUAACCAGUGCUUUGGAGACAUGUCGCCAAAAGACUCAACGUCCACAAGGAACAUUUACAACAGAUGGUUUUUGGGAAAGAAUAGUUGCCUAUAUUUUUCGAAACAUGCACACAAUGAACCAGGUAAACGUAAAUUUGUCAAAAAAAAGCUUAACCGGUAGUAUUCCUGCUACCAUUAGCAGACUUACAGCAUUGGAGAUUAUUGAUCUGUCUGACAACAAAUUAAACGGAACGAUACCUGAAUCACUAGCUAGUUUGACAAACUUGAAGAAACUUGAUUUGGAGAACAACGACCUCACGGGAACAGUGCCCGCUGGUUUGACAAGUAAGAAGAACCUCAAUCUCAGUCUUUCAGGAAAUGUGCAUCUCUGUGACGAAGGCCAUAACUAUUGCAGAAGGAAAUCCUCAAAGAAUGGUUUGAUUAUCGGUUUGGCAGUUGGUGGUGGUUUCGUAGCACUAUUAAUCAUCUGCUCCAUUCUAGUACUACUUAUUGCAGAAAUUCAAGAAAAAACAAUGCUACAGGCUAAAUCCCCAGUUUCCCCAAACACGCAAGUUGUAAUCAAAUCAAUUUGCAUAGAAUACAGCUACGAAGAGGUCAAAGAAAUGACUAGUGAGUUUACUAAGCAGAUUGGAGGAGGAGGAUAUGGACCUGUAUUCUACGGCAAGUUAGAGAACGGACAGGAGGUAGCCGUGAAAACAUCCUCGGAAACAUCUGACCAGGGGACGCGUGAAUUUAAAACGGAGGCUGACUUGCUUUCGAAAGUGCACCAUAAAAAUCUUGUGUCUUUACUAGGGUAUUGCUGUGAAGGAGCACACCGAAUAUUGAUUUACGAGUUUAUGCCCAGUGGAAGCUUGCACCAACAUCUCCACGGAACGUCUUCAUCAAAGCGGUGCCUUAACUGGGAGAAAAGACUUGACAUAGCCUUAAAUGCAGCUCAAGGAUUGGAAUACUUGCAUUCUGGAUGCAAACCUCCCAUAAUUCAUAGAGAUAUCAAAACAGCCAAUAUAUUACUAAGCGAAAGAUUGGAAGCAAAAAUAGCAGAUUUUGGGCUAUCAAAGGAUGGGCCUACUAGUGAAGUAACUCAUGUUUCUACCAAUGUCAAGGGCACAUUUGGCUACGUUGAUCCUCAAUAUACCAACACUGGGAAUUUAACAGAAAAAAGUGAUGUAUAUAGCUUUGGCAUUGUAAUUUUAGAGAUCAUGUCGGGAAGAAAGCCUCUUUAUACGAAUAAUUCAGGUGAAAGGGUUAAUAUUCUAAGCUCGUCAAAGUCGAUGAUUUGUGGAGGAGACAUUGAGAGAUUAAUCGAUAAAGAUGCAGGGGAAAACUUUCAUCCGGGUGCAAUGUCCAAGCUUGCAGGGCUAAUAAUGUCGUGUACAGAGGAGCAACUAAAUGACAGACCUAAUAUGAGCCACAUUGUGAGUGAACUGAGAGAAGCUCUUCAAUUGCAUCAUACAGUAGAGAAAGGAGACGAUGGAGCAGUAGUUCACCCUAAUUAA